AGCCCUCCAGGCGCGCUGCCGACGAGCAUCCCGCUGCAAGCCUCCGGCGCUGGCCUCUCCCGGCGCUCUGGAGAUGCGGCGGUGGGCAGCCGCCUCCCGAAGGCUUGGAGGAGGAGGAGGAGGGACCGUCGGGCGCGUCGCAGCCUCCCGUCCCUGCGCGCUGCACUGUGGGCGAAAGAUGGCAGCUUCCUCGGCCCCUCUCGGCUCCCCGAUGCUUUGACAGGCGGGCGCCCUCGCUCCCUUGGCCCCCCGCGCGUCCGUGGGGCCCCUCCGCCGGCCCCGCUGCUCCGAACCCGAGAUGGAGAAGUGCUCCAGCUGCGAGAGCCUCGCCUCCAAGCCGGCGGCGCCGGCCACCCGCCAGCCCAGCUCGGAUUCCCUCUCCAGUGCUUCUACCUCUCAUUCGGAUCACUCGGCACAUACCAAAUCAGCUUCGGUCAUCUCAUCAGAUUCUAUCUCCACCUCUACCGAAAACUUUUCUCCUGAUUUGAGGAUACUCAGAGAAUCUAAUAAAUUAGCUGAAAUGGAAGAGCCCCCUUUGCUACCCGGAGAAACUAUUAAAGACAUGGCAAAAGAUGUUACUCAUAUCUGCCCGUUUACUGGAGGUAUUCGAGGAACUUUGACAGUUACAAAUUACAGACUGUAUUUUAAAAGCAUGGAAAGGAACCCUCCAUUUGUUCUAGAUGGCCCUCUUGGAGUGAUUAACAGAGUAGAGAAAAUUGGAGGAGCUUCUAGUCGUGGUGAAAAUUCAUAUGGCCUAGAAAUUGUGUGCAAGGAUGUCCGGAAUCUUCGGUUUGCUCAUAGGCCUGAAGGUCGCACGAGAAGAUCCAUAUUCGAGAACUUGACAAAAUAUGCAUUUCCGGUGUCCAAUCACUUGCCCCUUUUCGCGUUUGAGUAUAAAGAAGUUUUCCCAGAAAAUGGCUGGAACGUUUAUGAUCCCAUUCUGGAGUACAGAAGACAGGGAAUUCCAAAUGAAAGCUGGAGAGUCACUAGCAUCAAUGAGCAAUAUGAGCUUUGUGAUACCUAUCCUGCCCUUCUGGUUGUUCCAGCCAAUAUUCCAGAUGAGGAGCUGAGGAAAGUGGCUGCAUUCCGGUCAAGGGGCCGUAUACCUGUUCUAUCAUGGAUUCAUCCAGAAAGCCAAGCCACCAUCACUCGCUGCAGCCAGCCAAUGGUUGGAGUCAGUGGCAAGAGGAGCAAAGAAGAUGAAAAGUACCUUCAGGCUAUCAUGGAUUCCAAUGCCCAGUCCCACAAAAUACUCAUUUUUGAUGCCAGACCAAGUGUGAACGCGGUAGCUAACAAGGCAAAAGGAGGAGGUUAUGAAAGUGAGGACGCCUAUCAGAAUGCCGAAUUGGUUUUCCUGGACAUCCAUAAUAUCCACGUCAUGAGAGAGUCAUUGAGGAAACUCAAAGAAAUUAUAUAUCCCAACAUAGAAGAGACACACUGGCUGUCGAAUUUGGAAUCCACUCAUUGGCUGGAGCAUAUCAAGCUGAUUCUCGCUGGAGCUCUUCGGAUUGCUGACAAGGUUGAAUCAGGGAAGACCUCAGUGAUUGUACAUUGUAGCGAUGGAUGGGACCGUACUGCUCAGCUCACAUCUCUGGCCAUGCUCAUGCUAGAUGGCUAUUACAGGACGAUACGAGGCUUCCAGGUGCUGCUAGAAAAAGAAUGGCUGAGUUUCGGGCACAGAUUCCAGCUGAGAGUUGGCCACGGAGACAAAAAUCACGCUGAUGCUGAUCGAUCUCCUGUUUUCCUCCAGUUUGUGGACUGUGUGUGGCAGAUGACGAGACAGUUUCCCACAGCUUUUGAAUUCAGUGAGUUCUUACUCAUCACCAUCCUUGACCAUCUCUACAGCUGUCUCUUUGGGACCUUCCUGUGUAACAGUGAGCAGCAGAGAGUGAAAGAGGGCCUUUCAGAAAAGACAGUAUCCCUGUGGUCCUACAUCAACAGUCAGCUUGAAGAUUUCACCAACCCUCUGUAUGCCAGCUACACCAACCAUGUGUUAUAUCCAGUGGCCAGCAUGCGUCACUUGGAGCUUUGGGUAGGAUACUACAUCCGGUGGAAUCCUCGAAUGAAACCACAGGAACCGGUCCACAAUCGCUACAAAGAACUCCUAGCAAAACGAGCAGAACUUCAGAAAAAAGUGGACGAGCUUCAGCGAGAAAUCACCAAUCGCUCCACUUCCUCCUCUGAGAGGGCCAGUUCUCCCGCGCAGUGCGUUACGCCAGUCCAGACGAUUGUAUGACGUCAUGCACACCCGUCUUCCAAAACCUGAUGCUCUUUCCCAAUGUCUUGACGCGUCCCCUGGCUGGCCUGGAUGGGAGCCGUAGCCCAAUGCAGCGAGAAAGCAACAGAUUGAGGAAAAGCUGGAGCAGGACUCUGUGGUGGUGACCCUUUUUCUAAGAAAGAAGCUGACGGGAUUAGAAAGGGCUUUUCCUAAGACUGUAUUUAUUAUGUUCUACUUCUCCAGGGUAUUUUAUUGCAGCUGUAACACUACAAGAGCCGGAAUCGUUUUUUUUUU